AUUGUAAACUGCUUUCUCAGGUUAUACUUGUUUGGUGCCUAGUGUGAUGUCACCAGAGACACGUGCAUUUGUUUAUGGAGCGCAGGUUGUUUUUAUAAGUUUUAGCUAACGUUAGCAUUUGUUUAACUACCUGGCUAUUAGCAAUCAUCUUUCAGUCUCGACGCGUUUAAUCUGGUUUACAAGACAAGUAAGUAUGCAGCUAUAUCUAUGGUAUUUACCGCGCCCUCCCUAAUGACGUGGUUCAACGUGCACGAGCAAAUAGGUGUUGGUUACGUGCUCGCUCUCGACAUCGAGCGCAGUGACGUAUGCUGUCCGCCGCCUGUUGGUCUUUCACAGUUGGUGACGAGUAUUAUGAAAAUGGCCUCGACCCUUCCCGUAAACGCGAAUAUCCAGAGAAGAUGACGACGCUGAGCUCACUAAGUCAGUCAAACACCAAAGUGUCUUCUUUGAACACGUAGGUAUUGAUAAGGAAAAUAAAAAGAAAGGGACUGUCGGCAGAGGAAUCGUCAAGAAAACACUCCGGACCGCAGUAUAUUUUCGACAGGCUGAGGAAUCACCAUGGAGGAUAUCAACUCUAACAUCAACGCGGACUUGGAGGUGCGGAAGCUCCAGGACUUAGUGAAAAAACUCGAGCAGCAGAACGAGCAGCUCCGGAGCAGGUCCACGAUGUUGUCUUCGUCCGGAGCCAUGUCGACGAACCACAGACCCCUGAGCGCCGGGUACGACUCGUCCGCCCUGACAGUGGGGAUGGCAGCCAGUCUGGCCGGCUUCCCUGGGGUGGGGUUCGGCGGUUCGGGCGGCUACGGUGGGUCGGUGGAGAACAACCGCUGCUCGAGACCCCGGCUGUCCUACGACGGCAUCAGCUUCAAGAGGGCGUAUGAGUGCGAGGGGGCAUCUGCUGCCACCUCUCUGUCUAGUAUGAACUCCCUUUACCCAGACAACGCCGGGGGGUUGACGGCUGACGGGGAAACCUCAAUUCUAGACGAAGUGGACAUCUUAGAUCUUGAAGACAUGGACUGUCUAAAUGAAGACGAGGACAGCUGGUUAUAUGAAUCAAAACUGAACAGUCCGCUGCAAAAAACCUUGAGUCCUAUAGUGUGGUGUCGGCAAACUCUAGACAACCCCAGUCCUGAGAUGGAAUCGGCCAAACGCUCGCUCAUCCACAGGCUGGACCUCACCCUCUCAGCCAACAAGCGCAGGAGCCUGUAUGGAAGCCCUUAUCUCCAGCAGAGCUACGGGAGCCCAUAUAGCCCAAAUGCAGCCAACAGCCCCUACAGCAGCGGCUUCAACUCCCCCUCCUCAACGCCCUGCAGAGUUCCCAUUGUCCGCCAGCAGCUGAUGCCCAGUAACUCUGUGCACCAGAGAAACGCAGCGGCGGAGAGGAAUCCUCCGGCGAUUAGUCCGCAGUCAUCAGUGGACAGCGAGCUGAGCACAUCGGAGAUGGACGAGGACUCAGUGGGCUCCUCGACUACGUACAAACUCAACGACGUCACAGACGUCCAGAUAAUGGCACGCAUGCAGGAAGAGAGUUUGAGGCAGGAGUACGCCGCCACGGCGUCCAGGCGGAGCUCCGGUUCUUCCUGCCAUUCCCUGCGGCGCAGCACCUUCAGCGACCAGGAGUUGGACGCGCACAGUCUGGAGGACGAGGAAGAGGUGGUGCACAUGUCCUUCGCCUCCAACUUGCCCUCCAGCCGUUUCAGUCCAUCCCCUCGCCAAUCCCCCCGUGUGUCCCCGAGGAACUCCCCACGCUCGCGCUCACCCGCCCGCUCCAUCGACUACGGCCACAGCCGGGGCUCGCCGCAGCCCAUCAUCAGCCGGCUGCAGCAGCCGCGCCACUCGCUGCAGGGCCACGGCCACGACCUGCAGACCAGCGUGGUUAAGAACGAAGAAAAGCUUCGCCGAAGUCUUCCCAACCUCACGCGCUCGGCCGCCGUGACGGCUCAGUCGCCAGAGCCGGUCAAGAACAGCCGCAGCUGCGAGUCCAACCUUCAAGUGCCAAACGGCGGCUCUCCCCGACACCAGGGCCAGUCUGCCACUGCUGCGCAGCUCCCGAGAUACUCCGGCACUUCUCGCUCAUCCCCAAAACCCAAACAGCUUCUCCAAAAGCCCACCGCCCUGCGAGUCCCCUCUCCCAGUAAACUCCGAACUCCAGCCACGCCAUCACCACUGGCUCUGAGGCAGCCUGUAAAGGCCACAUCCACCCCCAAUUCUGCCACCUCCACCCCGACCCGCUCGCUGGCUCCGCCCCGCAGUGGCCUUCCUCGACCGAGUGCUGCUGCAGGAGGAGGCAUCCCUCUGCCUCGCAGCAAGCUGGCUCAACCAGUGCGGAGAUCUCUUCCUGCUCCUAGAGCUUACGGCAGUACGGGCGACAACUGGAGAGAAGGUUGUUACUGAGCCGAGCCAGCAGGGGGCGCUCUCCGGCCACGCUCUCAACAGAAGGAAGGCGACAACACAACACGGCACUUUAUGUACCUACAUAAGAUUUUCCUUAAAGAGACAGACAAAUGUGUAUAAAUCAGAGUUUUAAAAAGGAGAGGAGAGACUCCACAGUGUGUCAAAGGGCAUCCAUCCCAUCGUUGUUCUCUGGGGGGACUGGCUCUGUGGGGGACGGGGGGGCCCUCAGGCAUCUAGUGCGGCCUACACAGAAAAUGCCAAAGAACCCAGAAGAGGACAUGCUGCCUGCAGUCAUGACUCCAUGCCCGGCCUCCCUCCCGCCUCCUCUGCUCUCCUGUCACCUCCCUCAGGUUGAAAUGUUUCCACACAUUUCUGUUCUUCUGCUCUGUGUUCAGCAGGUGUUGGUGUGUGAUCUCUAUGACGAUGGUGUGCAGGUGAACUGUCCCGUGACGUUAAGAGAAUUGUUUGAUGUCUUGCAACAGUGAAAGCACCUCUCUAGUGUGGGUUGAACUCUUUAAUCGUUCCUCUCAUAAAGUAAAAAAAAAAAAAAUAUUAUAAAGUCAGCCAGAAUGUAUGCAUAAGUUUGUUUUACAAAUUAUUUAUUCAAAUUAUUUAAGAAGCAUAUGUCCAAACAUCCAUAUCAGUAUUUUGAAUUAAAAAAAAAAGUUUUGUUUCUUGAGAAUGUUCAUUAUGAACCUCAGCUGCAAGCUAACUCUCCAAAGCCUCGUUUUUGUCUUGAAGAGUCAGAUAAGUUCUGGUGGAAAACCAGAGAGUGAGGGACUCCUCAGUUCUAUAACGCCCCCUACAGGACAUUUCUCACAGUGCUCAGCUAAAGGACAGCUUAUCAAUAAACCGAAGUUGUAAUGGUUUCCAGAAUCCGACUCGUUUUCUUUUUUGUUGUUAUGGAGAAGUUAUCACUGUCACCCAUUCAGCCGAUGCAACCAAGACAACUCUGAUGUUUCCCAGUGAUCUGUGUGUGUCGUUCAACAGGGGAAAAAUAAAAGGAAUUGAAAAUAAUUUGAAAGGUUUUGAUAGGCUUUCACGUGACGUGCUACAUGAAUCAAGAAAGGCAUGCCAGUGUUAGGACUGGUGUUUGGGUCUUUGCUUUGGUGGGUUUCUUCAACCAGUGCCUAUAAUUUAAAAUUUCACUUGAGUUUCUUUAUGAUUUGUGCCAAGAUCUUUUUUUUGCCAAUGAUGUUUUCAGCUUUGCAUCUAUGCCUGGUUAAUCUGCUUGCCUGUUUGUUUUUGUAACUAAAUCAACACACUUAACUGCUUUAAAAUGUUGCUUUUGCCUUUGUAUUUAUAUAUAUAUAUAUAUAUAAAAAUGCCGGUUCUGUAAAUGAAACUAUUUAUUAAAGAGAUGGGUGCCUCUGUCAAAGCUCAGAUUUGGUGGGAAGCCAGGAUGAAUGUUGCAAAAAGAAACAUAGCACACACUUUGUGUGAACCAUUUUUUGUUAAUGAACCUUUUUUUAUAGCCACAACCAUGACAUUUGGUUUUCCUGUGUAAAGUCACAUUUCAAAUAAAACUUUAAAAGUUUCUCCUUU